AUGGCUUCUAUUGGUAGAGUGCUAUACCAGGAGGACUACAGAAAAUACAAGAUUGUGAAGAGAGAACUUUUAGUGUUCCUAAAAGAGCAUCGGCUCGACGCUAGCAGCCCGUCGCUGUUUCUCCUACUAUCACACAACACCCAUUCAAAUGGAACAAAUCUUUAUUUACCGCUCAUGGUUGCCGAGAGAUCAGCUGCGCAAAAUGCAAGCACUAAUUAUCGUGUAAUUCAUCACUUCAAACAUCAUCAGAAUUUCCCCGCAGUAAUACAGGAUGCCAAUGGAAACUCCAAUGUUUCAACUAGCAUAUCAAUUUGCUCAACAUGCCCCUGGGAUCUCGUUGUGCCAUUGUUACAGUAUCUUCAUGCAAGUGCCAGGCCUUCUGGAGAUUACUCUCAUCUAACUUGUUUGCAGAAACAAAAAAAAUUCAAUGGCGAAAAGGCGCGAGUCGCUGCCCAAGAAUACUUGAAUGAUCCUAAGUCCUCGAAAUCCAUUGUCGCCAACAGGUAUAGCAUUUCUCUUUCUACCCUCAACGACGCGGUCAAGAGAUUGAAACGACAACGCGAGGUGAGCGAGGGGCAUAACCAGCUUCUAGACUACAAAUCAGCGCCAGAUCCGUUAAGUCGUAAAAGAGUCGCAAGUGUGGCGCUUUUGAACGUCUUAAAUUCGUCGCUUUCUCCAUCAAAGAAAAGCAGAUUGGUGCCCCAUAUAAGCUUCAAGUAUAAUAUUCCUGAGCGAACCCUCCGCGACAGGCUCAAAAGCUUUAACCCGAGUGUUUCUAAGGCUGCAGAAGGCGUACGGCGCCGCAAGUUAUCACCAUCUGCGGAGCAGUUUUUGACAACCUUUUACGCGAUUUGUAACGUUCAAAACAGUCAGAUCACAGUUCAACAGGCCGAUGCAAUUUGCGAAUUGAUGGCUGCUACUACCGAUUGCCCUGAAAUUAAGUUUUUUGACCAUGAUUUGGAAGAAAACGGGGCCAUAAACCUUCCAAGACUUUUGCGUGAACAGGAGACUCGACUGGGUAGAAAUUUUGGCUGGAAGUUUCGUCAGCGGGAUGGAUUUCAUUCAUCAAAAGCUCGGCAGAUAGAUUGCAGUAGGCUUAAAGCUUCUGAUGUCAACAAUAUCGCCAUGUGGUUGAGCGAAGACGCCUACAAAAUCUUAAGUACGACGCCAGCAGAGCUUGUUUUUAAUGCCGACGAAAUUGGCUUCGGUCAUACAAUCAACUCAACCAAUAGGCAUUCUAGGUACGUCAGCUUUACAAACUCUCAAAAGAUGCACGGAAAGGGAGUUGUAUACAAAGCAAAAGAGGCAGCGACAAAUACAAAGACUUUAACAACAGUCACCGCAUGCGUUUCUGCGGCAGGUGAGAUUGUUCCUCCAAUGGUUACAGCUUCUUCCUCAAUUGCAAAGCUGAAAACAGAAUGCCACACUUUCAAUCCCAGGUUUGAGACGCUAGCUCGGUCAAAGCUACAUCCGGGCGUUGGUGAAAAUACACUCCUUCUUUUUACUUCUAAUGGAUGGAACAAUUCGAAAGCCUUCUUUGAAUACAUUAAAUGGUUUGAUUCUCACACUGAACAUCUAGCAUUUGACCAGGGAGACAACAUGCCGCAAAAACAGCGAGUAUUGAUAAUUGAUAAUCAUUAUUCUCAUUACUGUAGGCCAGUUUUAGACUAUGUGGCGACCAGGAAAAUAACAUUAUUGCUUCUUCCGCCUAACACAACACAUGUUCUACAACCACUCGAUGUGGGAGUUUUUAGCUGUUUGAAAAAAAAAGUACGCACGCUCGCCACAGAGUGGUGUCCCCACCCUAGUGCUGGCGCUGACGGAAAACCAAGGUAUGGUCAUUUUGAUAUCUUGUGCAAUUUCAUGAACGCAUUGAACCAUACUUUGUCUUUUGAGUUUGAACAGACCAAAAUCUCUCAAGCUUUCGCCACAGCGGGGAUAUACCCGCCUGAAAAAUCAUUGUUCAAUCCUGCAAUAAGGACAGUUAUGAAACAUUUCGAUGCCCAUGCUAGGAUGAAGGACAUCUUCUUGAACUACAUUUUACCCACAACCCAAUGCAGCAGACCGGAGUCUCGGACCAUCACCGGGGCUACUUUUACUCAGACUGAAAACCCUUCCAGUCCAGUGGUUCCACUUAUUGGAAGUGAAGCAUUCUUUAUAGGCGAAGAAGACUUAGAGAGUCUCGAUUAUCUUGCCGUUAACGCACAAGAGGUUAUGCUGGGGACUGCUGGUGGUCAAGAAACUAUUGAAGAAAGUGAGUAUGAUGUUUCAAGUUCACAAGCAUCAGAUAAGAUUGAACUUGCUUGUGCACUAGACGACAAAUUCAUUUCAAAAUUCACGUUCGAGGAUGUACUGAAAAUGAUAUCGGACCUCAUCGGAGGUGAAGUUGACACAGAGAGCAUUUCCUUAGUUCCAAAACUGAUGGAACGCUUGGACAAAUGCUCUGAACUAGCUUUCGGAUCCGGGUCGCAUCUAACUAUAACCAAGGAACUGUUUCUUGAGCAACAAGCCAACGUGAUGGGAAUCAUAAUGUACCUAAUCUACUUCGGGGCUUGUUUCCUCGGGGUUCGAGAACAGAAUAAAAUCGAGGAGGCGCUGCAAUGUUUUGAUAAUAAAGAGACCAGUGUGCGCGCUACCGGGGCUUCUGUAGAGAAGCAAACAACAAGUGUUCUCAGAGACCUGUCGAAGAAGCAAUUCUUCAAGCUCUUUCCCAAAAUUGCAGGAAGCAUAGAUCGCGAUCUGUCGAAGAAAAUUUCCCUAAUUCAAAACACGACUCAGGAUUCAGAAUCCAUGAGCGACGAGUUGAUCAAUGAGCUCGGAUUCAGUGUGUGGGAGUUUCUGCAAAAAAUGAUAAAGAACGAGAACUCUUCCUUGUCCUUACAACCCGAGCAGCUAAGGAACCAACUGCUUUCGAAAGCUUUUAACGCACCCGAGGCGUUGGCUAAAGCUGCCACAGUUCGCAGCCUGUUUGACCACAACGGAAGCAUGCCGUUUAGCAAGAAAGAUUUGCCUCUUGUGUCGAAAAUCGAAAGCAUCAGUGCUAUCCCGGAAGAGCUCCUGGAUCCUUCCGUCUCGGACGAGGAAUUCGCGCGCAGGGUUUCAGAGUUGCGGGAGAUUGCAGCAGAGGCCAUGCGGGACAUGACCUACUGGGAUGACGAGGAAGAGGACUCUGCGGACUCCAUGCUUGGGAGCACACAAACGGAAGAUUCCGCACUUGACACUGAGGAAAGGAAUAAAAAACACCUGCAAAACUGGUUCUUAGUCUACCACGUCGACAACGUGGUCGGGCGUAUCAUGAAGGAUAGAGAAAACGCCAAGCUUAGGGAGGAGAACCGGAUGCAUCAGAAAAAAAUCCAAGCACUAACCAACGCGAUAGCUGAAAUGGCGAAUGACGUCCGCUACUCCGAGACUCCCGAGACUUUACUUGAGACUCCAGGCCUCCGCUUGGGGACCCCAGACCUUCGUUCGGAGACCCCCGAUCCCCGUUUGGAGACUCCGGAUCCCUUCUUGGAGACGGAACUCGUUGAGAGCUUCUAG